UAUAGAUUGCAAGAUGGCGGCGUCCAUGGACCAUGCUGAACAGCAAACAAAAAUAAUAAAGCAUAUCGAUAAAACAAGCAGAGAAAAGCGUUUGAUCGUCAUACUUGAAAACGCCAGUCUUGAGACAGUUAAAGUUGGGAAACAGUUUGAACUGCUGAACUGUGACAGACACAAGAACCUGGGAAAGAAAGUUCGGCGUGAUGUGACACAAUGUCGGCCAGAUAUUACGCAUCAGUGUCUUUUGAUGCUAAUGGACAGUCCACUAAACAGAGCUGGCCUACUGCAGGUUUAUAUCAAAACAGAGAAAAACGUGCUGAUUGAAAUUAACCCUCAGACUCGCAUCCCUCGCACAUUUGAACGCUUCUGUGGUCUUAUGGUCCAGUUGCUGCACAAGUUUUCCAUCCAUGCAGCAGAUGGCCCACAAAAAUUGUUAAAGGUAAUAAAGAAUCCCGUCACAGAUCACCUUCCUGUAGGUUGCCAAAAAUUGGUUAUGUCUUUCAAAGCGCCACAAGUUGUUGAUCCCAAAACAUUAAUCCCAAAAGAUGAGCCAGUCGUGGUGGUGAUUGGUGCAAUGGCUCAUGGCAGUGUGGAUGUAGAUUACACAGAAGCAGCUCAUUCCAUUAGCAAUUAUCCCUUGUCUGCAGCCCUCACAUGUGCCAAAGUGUGUUCAGCAGCAGAAGAAGUCUGGGGGGUAGUAUAGGAGAUGAUGGCGUUGGGGAGAUGGGAUCAAGGCUGGGAAAAGAACUUUUAUGAAGCACAUUUAAUAAAUUUUGCUUCAACAACUGUUA